AACGACAAAACGAUCUAAACCAUCAAAACCAGACAUUAAUGAAAAACUACUUUUACUUCACAGCUGACUUUAAAUAUUUCCCUCUUAAAUUUGAUGCAAAAAAAUCUGGUAAUAGUGAAACAUAAUUUUUAAGAUGGGCCGGUCUCCCCCCGCCCCCCUCCCCGCAUCUUGCAGCACAUUUUGAUGGGAUCGGGAUGUUGGGUUAGGGUUCGACGAUUUUUUAAAAAUUAAUUCGAAUUAAUUUAAGGAUGUGUUGGUGCAAACAGAUAUUGUGCAUCGGAAAAAUGUUGCAUUAUUGAUACAUUUGUUAAGUGCACUCUGCUAUCAAUAGUAGGAAAUCAACAUGUAAGAAUAACGAGUCUCCGUUAAUGCCGUUUAAAUCCGUUUUAGCAUGUCCAUUAUCGCCGAGAGGGUCCUAUCAUCCAUCUCUAGCUGAAGAAUCCAACACCCAACAACCAUCCUCUUCAUUAUGGUCAAUUUUUUGGCAAACUAGCUGCUCAAUUUUCUUUGUUACAUCGUCAUUUGACUGCAGUUUAGUGCCUUUGCACUAUGCACACAUCAAGCCAACCAAGUCAGCCCCCGCUGCCACCACUCCCUCCGCUGCCUCCUGGCUUGCCUUUAUCCAUACUACCUCCACUUCCUCCAGGUCCUCCACCAAGUGGCCCACCUCCCCCACCUGAGGCACAGUCUGCCCCUGCUACCCAUGCAAAUGGAACACAUGAAGAACCUGCUCCUGUUUCCUAUGUGGCUGUUCAGGGAAGCUCUAGGCAAAUCCAGGAAUCCUUUGCUUUGGAAAUGGCCUAUCCAAGUCCUUUUGAUUUUCAGUUCCUACAUCAUGCCCCUACUCCUAGCCCCUUUUUUCAGGGGCUUCCAUUUCUUCCUCCCAUGUCAGUGCCUCCACCUUUGUUUCCAGUUCCUCAGCCCAAUUUUAGUGUUCCUCCUCCUCUCCUGAAACAGCCUCAAUUUGACGCCUUGAAGUGGAAAACAGGAUUUCCAUUUCCACCCCCUGGGUAUGAUGCCACCUUACCAAAAGAACAGGACAAUGACUUACAGAGCCAAAAAACUAGUAGAGAGUCCAUUUCUCGUUCAAGAAGAUCCAGAUCACGAUCUCCAAAACGCUCUUCGUCUAGAAUAAGCUCAAGGCACUGUAGGUCUAACAAUUAUGCUAGAAGAUCACGAUCCAGAAGUCCUAUCAGGGAAAAGUCAAGGUGUUUAUCUGAUCGAAAUAGACGUUCCAGGUCACGAAGUCAUGGAAGACAGUCUAGAAAGACCAUUUCCAGAAGGUCUAGAUCAGGAAGUAGAGUAAGCCGACGCUCUAGGUCCAACAGUCAUUCAACAAGGAGGUCAAGAUCUCCCAACCGCGAUCGGCGGCGAUCGCGAUCUAUCAACCGUGUGAAGAGGCGAUCAAGAUCUUCUAGUCGUGAUCGUCAGCAGUCUAGAUCAACCUUUUCUUCUAGGAAGAGAUCCAGAUCAGCUAGCCCUUGCUAUCAGGGUAAUCGUAGAAGAUCUAAAUCACACAGCAGAGUGCUCGAUCCAUCCAAGCGCAACAGGAUGUCACCAUCUAGAACUUCCAAAAGGUUAAGACAGGAGAGUCCAAAACAAUCAAGUGAUAAUCAAAUUGAACCACAGAGGAAUGGCUCACCUUUGUCUGGGCAAAAUAACGAUGAAUGCAAUAGUUUAAAUGGAUUAACGAGGCAAGAUUUAAAAUGUGAAGACCCAGCCUCUAUGGAGGGUCCUGAUUUGUCUUCUAAAGUGGUUGCAGACAACAGGAAAAUAGAUUCUGUAGUUUGGAAAGAGAAGAAAAUAUCUCCUGAUGCGAGGAAAAAUGGGGAGUCAUUGUUUGCACGGGAACGGCAGCAGUCCAGAUCCGAAAGAGAAUCUUUGGUUGAACGAUGGAGACUUAAUAAUUGCAAAAACUUGGAAGAAAUGGCAAAUAAACUGGAUGUCUUAUCUAAAAUGGAAGCUGAUGAAAUUAUUGAGCUAGAGAAACAGACUUGGACGCGGUCUGCACCUGCCGAUCUUUAUUACAGGAGGAGUCCUCAUCACCCCAAUCUGAUGGAGGCAACACCUAAGCUGCUGGAGCUUUGUGAACAGUUUGACUUCCAACUUAUUCAGAGGGCAGAGCGUGCACGUGAGACAUUUCCAGUCCAACAGCCAUCUCCGAGGAGGACUAAAUUUAGAAUGUGCAGGCACGCAAAAGAAGAUAAUUCGUCAUCAUCUAGUAGCUGUGAAGAUAGUUCAUCAGAUGAAGAAGAUAAGGCUAUGAUUGAACUGGAGAGAAAAAAGAAGCAUCCCCAAAGACUUCACCCUGAACUAUGGCACAAUGAAACAGGAGAGAUGAAUGAUGGGCCUUUAUGUCGCUGUAGUCAUCGUGCUCGUCGUUCAGGAAUCAGGCACAAUGUUUAUGUCGGUGAACAAAAACUUGAGAAAUGUAACAUAAAUACCAACAAUGCAGGAAAACUGUACCAUUAUCGUAUAACCAUGUCACCUCCUGUGAAUUUUUUGACCAAAACUCCUACAAUAAUUGAACAUGAUUCCCAUGAGUACAUUUUUGAAGGAUUCUCUAUGUUGUCACACUUCCCUCUUGUGAAACUUCCAACAUGUAAAGUAAUAAGGUUCAACAUAGAGUACACAAUCUUGUAUGUAGACGAAUCAAUGCCUGAAAACUUCACAAUUAAGGAACUGGAUUUGUUCAAUAACUACCUUUUUCAUGAAGUGUUGGAGCUACUUGAUUUAGAUUUGAGAGCUUUUGAGGAUCCUGCUGGUUGUAAUCAAUUUCAUUUCAUGCCAAGAUUUGUCCGAGAUCUACCUGAGAAUGGCAAGGAAAUACUGUCAAUGAAUGAAGUUCUUAAAUACUUACUGAAGAGCAAUAAGCCCCUUGUACCAGAAGAACGUUUGAAUGAAAUUUACAAUAUGUCUUUAUAUGAUUGGCAAACAUUUGCUGAUGAAGUGAAAUGCAUGGUUGUAACUAAGCCAGGUAUGAAGCCAUGUUCUUUGCGUGUUGACCAACUAGACCGAGAAACUAUGGAUGAGGGCCGAUUUCCUGAGAUAGUUCACUUUGGUAUUCGUCCUCCUCAACUUAGUUAUGCCGGCAAUGCAGAGUACCAGAAACAAUGGAGGGAGUAUGUAAAAUUUCGUCAUCUACUUGCCAAUAUGGCAAAGCCAUCAGCUGAAGACAAGCGCAAACUUAUGGGGAAAGAAAAUCGGCUUCAAGAAAUGCGCACUGUUAGCAAAAUGAAACGUGAUGUUACUAUUGCUCUCAGUAGUCAAGGAUUUUGCAGGACAGGAAUCAUGUGUGAUAUAAUUCAGCAUGCCUUAUUGCUGCCUGUUUUGGUUUGCCACUUGAGAUUUCACAAGUCUCUUGACCAAUUAGAAGAAGAUAUGGAUUACAAGUUUAAAAAUAGAUACCUACUACAGCUUGCUCUUACCCACCCAUCCUACAGAGAAAAUUUUGGAACAAAUCCUGAUCAUGCACGUAACUCUUUGACCAAUUGUGGAAUAAGGCAGCCUGAGUAUGGUGACAGGCGCAUUCAUUACAUGAAUACUCGCAAAAGAGGAAUCAAUACUCUUAUUCAAAUAAUGUCAAGGUUUGGUAAAAAGGAAGCUACAGAGUCAAAUAUUGGUCAUAAUGAACGAUUGGAAUUUCUGGGUGACGCUGUUGUUGAAUUCAUCACAAGUAUACAUCUUUUCCACCUUUUCCCAGACCUUGAAGAAGGUGGAUUGGCAACUUAUAGGGCAGCUAUAGUUCAAAAUCAACACCUUGCUGUUAUGGCCAAGCGCUUAAAUCUGGACUCAUACAUGCUGUAUGCUCAUGGAUCUGAUUUAUGCCAUGAUUUAGAGUUGAGACAUGCUAUGGCAAAUUGUUUUGAAGCUCUUAUGGGUGCCUUAUUUCUUGAUGGAGGAAUUGAGGUGGCUGAUAAAGUUUUUGGCUCUACCUUGUGGAAAGAACAGAUGAGCCUUGUUGAUGUUUGGAUGAACUAUGCCCUACAUCCCCUUCAAGAACAAGAACCUGCUGGAGACCGUCAAUGGAUUGAGCAUUUCCCUGUUUUGCAGAAAUUGACUGAAUUUGAGAACAGGACUGGUAUAGUUUUUAAACAUAUAAGACUGCUUGCCCGAGCGUUCACUGAUCGUAGUGUAGGCUACACUCACCUUACCCUAGGAUCUAAUCAACGGUUAGAAUUUCUGGGUGAUACUGUCCUGCAGAUCAUAGCAUCUGAAUAUCUGUACAAAUUUUUCCCUGAACAUCAUGAGGGACAUCUUUCGCUUUUAAGAAGUUCAUUAGUCAACAAUCGAACUCAAGCAGUUGUCUGUGAUGAUUUGAGUAUGACCGAGUUUGCACUCUAUGCUAAUCCUAAGCAUGACAUUAAAACAAAAGAUAGAGCAGAUUUGUUGGAAGCAUAUCUUGGUGCACUUUACAUCGACAAGGGCUUGAAGCACUGUCAUCUAUUCUGUGAGGUUUGCUUCUUCCCAAGAUUGCAAGACUUUAUUAUGAAUCAAGAUUGGAACGAUCCAAAAUCUAAACUGCAACAGUGCUGUCUCACAUUACGAACAAUGGAAGGAGGGGAACCUGACAUCCCUGUUUACAAGGUUAUUCAAUGCAUGGGACCUACUAAUACACGCAUCUACACUGUUGCUGUAUAUUUUCGUGGAGAGCGAUUGGCUCAGGCAUCUGGCCAUAGUAUUCAGCAAGCAGAAAUGAAUGCUGCUAAUGAAGCACUUGAACUUUCCACAGAGCUGUUCCCUCAGCUAGACCAUCAGAGACGAGUUAUUGCCAAAAGCAUGAAAAAGCAAAAGAAGAGGGCACGGAGGGAAGCUCAGUUGAAAGCAUCAAGAGACUUUGAUAAGAAAACAGCAUCGGAUGACAGAAAUAAAUCAAGAGACAAGUACUACCGGAACCAGGACCAUCGUGAUCGCAGGAAUAGACACAGAGAUGAUGAUAGAGAAAGAGAUCGGAAAAGAGAAAGGGAAAGAGAAAGGGACAGGAACAAAGACAGAGAUCGAGAAAGAGACAGGGAAUGGGAAAGGAGUAAAGGAAAAGAUCGUUUGAAAGAUAGACCUAGGGAUAGAGAUGAUAAUAGACCAAGAGACAGGGAAAGGGAUAGAGAUAUCAGAGCAAGUGGAGGUCAAGACAGUAAAAGUAAAAGAAGAGACUCUAGAGAAAGGAGCAAAGAUGGACAACAUGUUAAAGAUAAGGAUUGGGAGAGAAAGAAAGACAAAAUUCUUGAAGCCUUAAGUAUUUCGGAUAGGAGUGAAAGUAAAAGCGAAGUCUUGUUGAAUGACUUGGAGAGUACAGGCAAACAUAAUAUUCAAAAGAUUGAAAAUUUAAGAGAGUUCUCAUACCAAGACGUCCGCACAGGAAAGGAAAGAUGGUCUAAGUAUGCAGAUGAAGAGUCAUCAAGAAAUCUUCAGCUUCACAAAGAUUUUAAUAAUUAUCCAUGGAAUACCAAAAGCCCCACAAGCAGCAGAAGCUCUAGCCCUGUUCUCAAAUCGCCACGCAGCAGCAACUGCAGCAUUAAGUGUAGCAGUAGUAGUGGUUCAAGUAGUAGCAGCUCUGAAGAGAAUUUUGGAAGUGAGGAGGAAGUUAAUUGGCAUGUGCGCUCAGACCUCAGUUCAGAAGAAGAAGAAGAAGCAGCAGCAGCAGCUGAAGAAGAAGAAGCAGCUGAAGCAACAGCAGCUGAGGCAGCAGUAGAAGAAGAAGCAGCUGAAGAAGAAGGAGCGGCCGAAGAAGAAGAAGCUGAGGAAAAAACAGAGAAAGAUUGUGAGGAAACGACAACGGAAGACGUUUCAAAUGAAGGUGCUAAUGCAUAAACUUAAGAAUAUGGGGAGGGGGUGGGGGGGUUGGGGUUUGUAUCUGCCAUAAGUUUUGAUGAUUGACAAUGCUAAAUGUAAUCAAGGUAAUUGUUUAGUAGUUUUCUACUCAUUCUAUUAGUUUCUAUUUGUUUAUUUGUCCCUUUUCUGUUAAAGACCAAAGAAGCCUCUGGAAGGCUGCACUUACAUUGUUGUGCCUGUCAUUUAACCAUAUCAUUGAUUGAUUUUUAAUUUUUAAGAUAAUUGAAUGUGUAUCAGUCAUAUCUGUGCCUUUAAGUUGGUUCAAUGAAAGAGGCCAGACAGGAAAGCUGCAUUGCAGUUUAAGGUUACCAAGAUGUCCAAAUAACUCUGACCAAACUUUAUCCUUCAAAUUUAGAACCAAGAAUGGAUAAAAAUAGUUUUAUGCUAACCCCUAUUAUUAUAUCAAUUUAUAUCUCAUGAUUUUAAAAUUUCUUUAAACUUGUAAGUUUUGAGUUCAUUUGGUCCGACUUCAUAAACUGUGUAAGUGUGCUCAGGACAUUGUCAUUACCAAUGAUAGUUUGGAGUCUUAUUAGUCAACACAAUGAAUCUAAACCACUGUGAUAUCUUUCUUCACAAGAGCCUUUAAUUCAGCCAUUCUCAUCAUUUUUAACAGUCAGUGAGGACUUUGUUUAAACCAUUUUCUUGCUUUAUUUUGUAAUUUUUAUUUUUAGUUUGUAAGUUUUCUGUACCAUGAGAGGUAUCUUUACUUCUGUGAUUAAGUAACCCUGUAAAAGAUGAUAGAGUAACUAAUUUUGAAACUUUAUUGAAACUCAAGCUGAUUUUAGGAUCAGUGUCUUGGACUGUGUUGAGAGGCUAAGAAUAAAUUGGAUGCCAAAUAAAUCUCAUCUAAAUUUGUUUUUGUUCUUUGUCUGGACACUGCCACUAGUCCUCAAAUAGUGCUUAAAAUCAGUGUCUUCAAUUUGUUGCUCUUUUACUUAUUGCAUUCAUUUUUUAAUACUAUUUCAGAUUUUUAUGCUCUGUUUUAUAAUUGUACUGUACAAUUGUGUUCCAUUCCAGCUCUGUAAUCUGUACUUAAUUUUUAUUUUAAGGUGAAGAAUUGCAAUUGAGGUAAUUGAAAGAACCUUCCUGUAAAAAGAUUACACAAAUGAAAUAUGAAUGAAUCAAAUCAACGAGUGCGUUUAUAUAUAUUUAUAUAUACAGUAAAACCCGGUCGGGCCGGCGUCUAAAGCACGCUAAAGGUGGGAAAAUGCUGUAAACUGGUUGAUUUGUAUAGAAAAACUGGAUUUUGGUUCGUGGAAAGCGCGGGGUGUCUCUCUGAUUGUUACCGUAUACAUGCGAAUUUAAGCCGCACCUUUUUGCCGAUUUUUGGAGCCCGAAAAGUGGGUUGCGGCUUAAAUUCGUGUGCGGCUUAAAUACGUACCAAAAGUGCAGUUUUUUUUACCAAAAUCGCCCGUUUAAUAAGGGGGAGAGUAUAGUUCCGUAAUAAGACUGCGCUACGAUCGCUGUUUUGCUGUCACGGGAGAAUAUUUGGAGGCUAUCUCUUUAAGAGCGGUCGAACGAACGAACGAACGAUCGGACGGCGGGACGCGGGUGAAUAUCGUUAUAAAAGCUUUUACAUUCGCUGCAAAUUAUGUUCAAUGACAUUUUGAAGAUGGAGGAAGUAACGGAAUUGCUUUCCACUACAAAUACUGACUAUUGUGUGCAGAGCCAUACUCUCGGUGUUCAGACGCGUGAAUUCGUAGACUGUCUACCCAACUCAUUUAGGGCCAGUAUUGGGGGGAAAUAUUAAAUCCUGUUAAUUUGUCCUUCUUUAAAAUAUGUCAUUUCAUAGAUUGCAGUAAAUUUAAAAGCUUUAAUAAGCUCAUUUACACUUGUCCCGUCGUUCGAUCGUUCGUUCGUUCGUUCGACCGAUCUUAAAGAGAUAGCCUCUUGGGGUCAGGGAAGGAAGGGAAGUCCUUAAGGGACGGGGUGGGGGAGGGGGCGAGUCGGUUCUGACAGCAAAACAGCGAAACGUAACACAAAGGACUGCAUAUGAAUGACCCUUGCGACCGAGUCGCGUAGAUCAUUCAUCUGCUACCUCGGCUCUACGAGCCUAAUAGGUGCGGCUUAAAUUCGCAUGUUAACGCUUUUUCGGCUCCAAAACUGGGGUGCGGCUUAUAUUCGGGUGCGGCUUGAAUUCGCAUGUAUACGACUGGAACAGUGGAGAAAAUCUAGAGGCACCAGGCCGUGAGUUAGCGAGGAGCUGCACUCACUCUUCCCUCCUGCUGUCUGGAUCAGCUCCGGUUGUGCACCACAGGUGUGUGUGUUUCGUUCGGUACAAGUUUUAAAAAUAACUAGUAGUUUGAUGAAAACUGACGAAAUUACAUUUCCAGAAAAAGCUCCCAUUUAACUUCUUUGGAAGUGCAGUAAGGGUUGCUGAUGAAACUAAGGGUGCUAGCUCCAUUUUGUUCAAAGUAAUGGAAGAAAGAGAGAAAAUAAAGAACUUUCCUGAAUGUC